AGGUGAGGUGAGUUUCAUUAGCCCUUUCUUUGUUCCAUGGUUUCGCUCCACGAAGUCGGCAAGUUGCGAAAGCGAUAGAGGGGAUGAAGCAUCCAUGAAAGUGGACUUGAUCUUCAGUAGCUCAUUCAAUUUUGCCGAUUUUUGAUCUGAAUCUUUGCCUAUUUCAUCCAAGUAAGGUUUUGGAGAUUUUGAAGAUGGAUGAGACAGUGAAGAUAGAGAACCUUCAAUCCGCUGCGGCAUUUGUGGAAGGGGGAAUCCAGGAUGCAUGUGAUGAUUCGUGCAGCAUUUGUCUUGAGUCUUUCUGUGACAGCAAUCCUGCAACUGCGACUAGCUGCAAGCAUGAGUUCCAUAUUCAAUGCAUUCUUGAAUGGUGUCAAAGAAGCUCCCAGUGUCCCAUGUGCUGGCAACCCAUUAGCUUGAAGGAUUCCACUAGCCAAGAGCUUCUGGAGGCUGUAGAAAGAGAGAGGAGUUUUAGGGUCAAACAAAAUCAUAAUACUACUAUUUUUCAUCACCCAGCGCUCGGAGAGUUUGAACUGCAGCAUCUACCAGUUGGUGCAACAGAUUCUGAUCUUGAAGAACGUAUUAUUCAACACUUAGCAGCCGCUGCUGCAUUGCGUAGAGCGCAUCAUGGCGCUAGAAGAGGACUACGGAGCGGGUCUGGUUCUCAAGGCCGGUCACAAUUUUUGGUUUUUUCAUCACAUCCCAACGCAGCUUCAGCUGCCUCUGUUUCUGCAUCAUCUGCUAAUGAAGGAGAAGAUGAACCAGCUUCUUCUACUUCUACUGCUGGGCAAUCUGUGCUUGCUGUUACAGAAGACCAAACCCAGCAACAAAGCUCCUCAGUCGAAUCAGAUGGAGUUGUGGCCGAUUCCAGGAAUAAUGCUGUUUCUGCCAGCAGCCCUGGUCUCAGUAACCUUUAUUCCUCAAGGGAAAACCGUUCUGUUGGUGAAUCAACUCCUAUCAGCCAAGAUAGAGCAGGACCAUCUGAUUUUCAAUCUUUCUCAGAUUCGUUGAAAUCUCGCCUUAAUGCAGUUUCAAUGAGAUACAAGGAGUCUAUUAGUAAAAGCACUAGAGGAUGGAAGGAGAGGUUCUUUUCACGUAGUGCAUCGAUUUCUGAUAUUGGUUCGGAAGUGAGGAGAGAAGUUAAUGCUGGGAUUGCUACUGUUUCGCGCAUGAUGGAGCGAAUUGACAUGAGAGACAAUUCUUCCGCUGCAACAUCUAGUGCUUCCACGCCGGACAUUUCUGAACAUUCUGAAGUUGGAUCUAGUAAUGAGAGAGUUAAUGAUGGCCCAUCACCUUCUUGUGCUGCUAGUUCUGGUUCAAAUUGAGUUAUCCCCACAAAAGUUGCACAUUUUUGUGUGGUUAUUGCAGGUAUGAAACAAUUUGUGUGCUAAUGUUUGGCCCUAACCUCUAUUUACAAUUUGAUUUCUUGAAAGUUCUUAGUAAAUCUUGUUGAAAGUCAUAAGACUUGAUCACAGACAUCUAGUAAUAAAAAUCCAUAGUAAAAAAAAAGCCAAUGCAGACUUGGUCAAGGGGAGCCAAAUAAAAGCUGUAGGAAGAGGGUCAUCAAACAGGAAGUUCUAAGAGUAGCAUGCAAGAAAGUUGUUGGCAGAGAAUUUACUGGAUAGAAAUCGCUGGAGGAUGCCCCCGGAGAGAAAUUUAGAAGUGGAGAAUCUGCUUGUUGUAAGAGUAGAAUGAUUUGAAACACCUGUAUGACACCAAAAAUAGUUACAACUAAGUCAUUGAGCAGAUAGAACAAGGUUUAAUUUGGAUUAUUGUUUUGAGAGCAGGAAAUUGUUGUCUAAUUAAAUGAAGAAACUAAAAAAAUUCAAAGUAAGAAGAAGAAAAUGUAAGCACUAGGAAACCCUAUACUUGGAUUCGGUCGCCCCAUUGCCAGUGGGGCUCCUAGGCGCCCAUCCAAAAGUUUCCAGGGUGGAAACUCAGCGCUCAAAAGGACACAACCGUAUUUGGGGUUGCUCACAACACCGAGCGUCCGGAAACUAAGCACCUGAGGGUGGUGCCUUGGUGCCAGAAGCAAUUUUUUCUGCAGUUUGGGAUUUAAAGGCUUCG